AUGGAUGGACUAGAAAGUGCCAUGGAGACAUCACGGCAAUCCCUGAAACAGGCAUCCAAAAGGCUAAGAAGAGCUAUGGUCCAGAGUCAAUCCAACCAUGUCCUGUAUGUUUUUCUUUUCGCAAUCGCAGUAUUCUUUGCCCUCUACUUCUGGAACAAGCUUUACAAGCUGUUGAGGUGGAUUUUGUAA